CUGCAGUUGUCAUAACAACUGAAGUGCAAGCAUUUAAAAAAAUGACGAUGAAUAAAUAUACUAAGAAAAUUUACUUUAAAAAAGAGGAAAUCAAAGAUGUAGGACCAUCGGUAGAUUCCGAUGACAUUGAGCAAAGAAUCGCAGCACGUAGACUGCGGAUAAAAAACAGACAGGAAAUGUUAGGAGCUGACACUCUCACCACGACAACUAAAGAACAAGCACAUGAAGUUGGGUUGGGAAGAGCUCAGAUUGAACAAAGCAAUCAAAGGAUUGCCAAGCUGAUUCGUGAUGGAGACUCUUUUGUUACUAAUAUUCGUGUUGCAUGUGAUGCUCGUGAAAAUCUCAAAAGAGCUGAGGACCAUGAAUUAAAUCAAAUAAGAGUUCAAAACCUUGAAAAUGACGCAACGAAUAGCCUGGAAUUAUUUAACAAGAUAACUGAACAAUGGGAUAUAGUACAAGAAAGUGAAUUAGUGGAUGAAACAAGAGAGCUUUUAGAGAAACAGAAAAAGCUGUGUACAGAUUUGAUAGCUGAAAAGAAUAAAUUAAUCAAUGAAUUGAAUUUGGAAGUGAAAGCAAAAGAUGAUCAUUAUGUUAGAGAGUUGAAAAAACGUACAGAAGAUAUUGAUUUAUUGGCUGAGAGAAUGGAAUCACAAAUUAAAGCAAUGCAAAGAGCUUAUCGUGAAGAGAUUAUUGCUAUUGAAAAUGCAUUUUUAGAACAACGGGAAAAGCUGACCAAUGAACAGAAUACAGAAUGGGAAAUGCUUAUGAAAGAAAUUAAACAGAAACAGAUCAAUUAUUUAAAACAACACGAAGAACAAGUAUUUGAAUUUGAAAAAGAAUUGAACGAUUUACGUACUAAAUAUUCUGAAGAAUACAAUGCAUUAAAGAUAUCACUUGGUUCUGAAGUAGAAACAUUAGAAAGUCAUUUACAAAAGCUGAAAUCCACUUAUCAAUUGAAUUUAGAAAAGUUAGAAUACAACUUUCAAGUAUUGAAACGUCGUGAUGAAGAGAAUACGGUGAUUAAAUCAAAUCAAAAGAGAAAAAUUACACGUUUACAAGAUAAUUUAAACAAUUUACAUAUAAAAUCUGUAAAACAAGAAAAACAAUACAGUGCAGAAAAUGAACAAUUAACUGAAGAUUAUAAAAAAAGAAUGGAAAAUUAUCGUGAUUUACAAAAGAAAGCCAAGUUAUUCCUUGAUAAUGAUCGUAAAAAUUUUCAUGAUAUUUGGAUAAUGAAUGAAGAGACUUUAAAGAAAUCAGCUAAUCGUUUAUUGGAUGCUUAUCGUAUUAUCACUGAACAACAACUUGGCUUGACAUGGAAUCCACCAGACACAACAUUCAUGUGUAACGUUGGCCCAUUAGUCGGAUCAGUUGAUCAUAUUGUGUGUAAACCACCAGCUGUAAUAGCUAUGGAAUUAGCUUUACAAACAGAUCGAAGGCGAAUUCACAGUCCACAAGAUGAUACUGUAGAGAAUACUGUGCCGACAUCAUUGAAAGAAGUUUCACCAGAAAUAGUCAAAGAAUUUUUACAAUUAUUAUGUUAUGAACCAGAAUUUUUAAUUGAAGAAAAAAUGAAACGUUUACUGAAGCCAUUAGGACAUGAAGAAGAGUUACUUUUACGCUUAGACACCAUAUUGACAGUUUUAGGUGUUCAAACAGAAGAAGAUUUAGAUGAUUUAUUUACAUACUUUAUUAAACAAAAUAAAUAUGUAUCAUGGAAGAAUAGACCAAUUCACGGAAGACAACAACAACAGCAACAACAACUAGUUCAUAGUGAUGAGAAAUCUCAUUCACGAUAUGCUCCAUCAACAAUGACAGAGGAAUCAACUCAACCAAUUCAUACAUCCUCAUCAAAACUGGAUAGUAUACACAGUUCAAGGGAUUCUUCAAAUGAAGCCAAUGAAACAGUCAGUUCAGGACAAGGUAGACAUUCAUUUAAAAUUGAAUUAACCAAUGGUCAUUUGGAUGAUGAAGUGACGCAUUAUUCAAAAAUAAGUGGGCCAUCAGUUUGUCAUGAAUCUAUCGAAUCAAAAUCUGAUUUAACUCGCCAUGGCAGUGAAGAAUCAGUUUUAGACGCUGUCAAUAAAACUGUCCAGUCCAGUUGGAGUUUAAUAUCUCCAGUGAAUGUUGUCGAUGCUAUCCAUCAAUUUACUGAAGAUAUGCGUCGUCGAGAACUUCAAGGCGGUGCACGAUAUACUGGUACACGUAUACGUCCAGAGUAUACAGCUGGUUGUGAUCCUAUCACAGUGAAAGGCAAGUUAUCCUCAAGUAUCAAUGAUAUCAAGAAAGAGUCGAGUCAUUUCAAUGAAAUUGAUUAUGAACAACGCAAUGAUAAAUAUGAUACAGAAUAUUGGAAAAAAUAUGAGGAGAAUAUUGUCGACAAAGAAACUGAAGGUAUAUGGGAUAAUUUAUAUGCGGCUAUGGAAAGAUAUUAUACAAUAUUAAAAAACAGAGCUAAGUUAAUACGUGAUACAGAAAGUUUAAGAAGACAAAAUGUUGAAUUACGUCAUCUUUUGCAACAGUAUAUGAGUUCAAAGGUGAAUUAUGAAUUACAAAUCCCGCCAUCGAAAACCAUGGAGAUUGUUUAAAUGAAGUAAACUGAAGUGAUUGUCUCUCCAUCAAUGCGAACAGACAGUGACACUGUUAUUUAUCUUCCUGAUUUUUUUCUGUUCUGACAAGAAGGAACUACUUGUUUAUUUUAAUUUUUAACGAUAAAACAAUUAUUUACCGAUUUUUCAAAUGAAUCUAGGAAUCUAUAAAACAAUUCUGGUCUUUGUUUCGUUAUUAUUACCAUUAAGAUUAUUUAUUGUUGAACGCUUAUUUAAAUGAGUAUUUUUGCGUUCGCGCGCGCGCCCACGCCAGUGUUCAAUAUGUCAAUGAUACAGUAAAACAAACUGAAGUGACGAAUAAUGAGGAUUAUUUGUUGAAGGUAAUAAUAAUAAUAAUAGUAAACAUUCAGAAAUUGUAUAUGUACAAUGUAAAAUGUAUCACCACUAGCGCCUGUUCUAC